GACUGAACCGAAGCUUCAGGGGCUAAAUCCUUGCAACAAGCAUCAUUGGCAUUGAUUUUUUUGUAUGUCGAUCUUCGCUGGAAGUGGGUGCGGGCUGUAAUGUUGAUUUCGAAGAUUGACGUGGUAUUGUUAGCGAGUUUGCUUUCUAAGAGAUAUUUUGCCGAACGCAGCGUGGAAUCUUGGUGCCCUUUUUCGUUAUAGAGAAACGCUGGAGAGUUGUAUAUUGUGAAUAAGAUCCCUUGUCCGCAUGCAUUCGGAUUUUCGGUAUUCUGGGACAUAGUGAGAUUUCCGUGCGACAAGGGUUUUUGGGUUUCAAAAGCUCCUGACGUGAUGAUAGUGACGAGUGGCUGUUGACAAGUUUGAAUUUAGCAAUCUCCAGUUGAUUAUCUCGAAUUAUGGGGGACUUCGAGGAUUCUUUGCACUUAGAUCAUCGUUACAUCAUGUGUUUUGUGAAGAUUAAAUUGCACGCUGCGGAUUGACGGUGUUCCAAAUGCGAGUCAAUCACACGCAAGGAAAUUGUUGUUUGAGCAGUCUGCGAACCAGCGGAUGUGAUCGUCUGUACACCACCAAGUUCAGAGUUAUUCUAUGCAUCUGAUCGCUCAAUUUAGACGCCUUGUAGACUUCUCAAGAUUCUCAAUCUAGGCUCGGGUUUGCUUGCUACCAAGGCCUGCGAUAGCGAAAUAAACUUCAAGAGUGCAAUUCCUACACUAUUAUUGGGUUAUCUUCAUCUGCUUGGAGCGGUAACUCUGCGUUGGAACUUUUAGGAGAAGGAGUUGUAACUUGACUAUGGCGAAGACGCUCCUUGUUUGAAAUGCCUGAAAAUUGAAAUUGCGAUCCUUUUGGCGGCCUGGACUAAGCCGACCAAGCAGAUAAUCCGCUCUCAUAACCGGGGAAAUGCCUGUUGCGAGGCUUGGACGCUGGUGCAAAUUGCAAACAUGUCCCCUGGGUACCAAUUACAUGUUGAGUGUAGCUUUCAAGGCUGAGAUAUCAAGGGUAGCUUAAACAUUUUGGAUGCUUAGAAUUUAGUUCUGGCGUCCUCUUCAGAACUUUGAGAAUGAGCACAGGUUGUGAUGUCGUUAUGUGGAGGAGGCCAGCGAUGGCACUAAUGGUCCUAGCAUGCGGAUCUCUUGUCUAUUAUCACUGUGAAUUUCGAUACCUGAACAUGGUGUCCCUAAUCUCGGAUGUGCUCUUCGUGAUCAGCUGGUCGCUUGCGGUUCUAGGGCUCAUCUUCCGUUCAUUCAAUCUCACCAUCCUCCCCAUGGACGCCGCAGAAUGGCAAAUAUCUCCCGAGACUGCCAAUUGUAUUGCAGCAACGGUGGCCAAUGUGGUGGGCGCUUUAGAGAGCGUGCUCCGGGUGGCUGCUAGUGGCUCAGACAAGAAAUUGUUCCUGAAGGUGGUGCUGGUGCUUUACUUACUAUCGGCGAUUGGUAGGUCUUUGUCAGGGGCCACUGUCGCGUAUGUAACAUUAUGGGUGAUCUUCACGGUGCCAUUGUGCAUCUUGAAGCUUGCGCCUAAAUCUGCUAGUGAAACUUUUAUUCGGAAUUUCAGAGAAAAGAUAGGUUUGUUGAAUCAAGAGCAUAGAUAGGAAUUUGUCGGUUUAAUCCUGACAUGGAAAGAGUUUGUUGGCAGUCCAGCUUGUCCAUGUGGCUUACCCGAUAGUGCCUAGUUUCUGGUGAUUGUUGUUUAAAGCUUCAAGUCCAACAAUGGAUGUAUCUUGAGCAUCAGAAGAAUGUAAAUACCGACCACAUUGCGGUACCGAGCUUCGAGAUCA